CCCCCCUCACUCGCCCUCCUCCUCUGCUUCGCUCUCGCUCUCGAAAAAAAAACAAGGGAAGAAAUCUCCUCCUCGUUCUGUUCCCGUUGGCCUUGCCUGCGGCCUGUCGCUACCAUCCAAAAGGCGGCAGCAGCUUGCUCUGCCGCUCCGUGUCGUCGUCUUCGGGGGAUCUUGCUGCUCCGCCGCCGCCUACAGGGAUCCGGUACUACACCUGCUCCAGACACUUCACCCGUGAGCACUGGGGAGGCGGCAGCCAGGGACAGGCAGAGAGAGCAAGAAGCCCAUUUCGGCAUCAGAAGCAGCCGAAAGCAGACGAAACACUGUUGCUGCGGCGCAAGAUGCAGUGCUGUGCUUGGGAAAUUUGCGGAGAGGCGGCGCAAAAGCUGAUGGGCGCUUGCUAAAUGCUAACUCGUGAGGAUCGGGCAGCGGCAAGAGGGUUAGAAAAUGUUGGCAUGCAUCGCGUGUUCGACCAAGGAAGGUGGGGAGGACGGCGCCCGUGCCGCCGCCGCCACGCCCCACGCCAGAGACGCCGGCAAGUCUCUGACCUCUCAGCUGAAGGAUAUGGUGCUCAAGUUUUCCGGCUCCGGCAGGCAGUACAAGACAACAGGGAGCCCGUCGUUCAGGAGCAACCGCUCCAGCCACCUGGCUGCGUACCCGGGCAUCAUCGACGACUCGGGCUUCACGUCGGACGGGGCCGCCGAGGCCUACACUACUUACAUGAGAACGACGACGAGCGCAGUGGCCGCAAGAACCGCCCCGUCAACGUGGGGCAUGGGCCACAUGGCCAAGAUCAAUGGUGGCUUGCAGCAGCACGUCAGGAGCCCGAGGGCGAGCUGGAUACAUAGCAUCGGGGAGGAAGACGACGACGACGAGGUCGUCGUCCUGGAGGAGGACCGCGUGCCGCGGGAGUGGACGGCGCAGGUGGAGCCCGGCGUGCAGAUCACUUUCGUCUCCAUCCCGGGCGGCGCCGGCAACGACCUCAAGCGCAUCCGCUUCAGCCGUGACAUGUUCAACAAGUGGGAGGCGCAGCGGUGGUGGGGGGAGAACUACGACCGCGUUGUGGAGCUGUACAACGUGCAGACGUUCAGCCGCCAGCAGGGCUUCUCGACGCCGUCGUCCUCCGUCGACGACGCCACGAGAGAUUCGCUCUACUCCUUUGCCGGCUCGACGAGGGAGAGCCCGGUGAUACUGCCGCCGACGGCGGUUGGCAGAGAGCAGCCGAUCGCCCGUGCCACGUCGUGCAGGGCCAUGGCCGCGGAGACGGCGGCGGCGUCCACGGUACGAGCGACGUGCAACCCGUCCACGGCCGUGCCGGACCCUUCGGACCACGUGUGGGCGCACCAUUGUAACCUGCUCAACUCCGCGCCCGCCCCGGCGCCGCCACCCUUCGACGCGUCGCGCGCCACCACGUCGUCCCGGGACGAGGCCUCCGUGUCCGUCAGCAACGCGAGCGAUCUGGAGGCCACGGAGUGGGUGGAGCAGGACGAGCCCGGCGUGUCCAUCACCAUCCGUGAAUUCGGGGACGGCACCCGCGAGCUCCGCCGCGUCCGGUUCAGCCGGGAGAGGUUCGGCGAGGAGCGGGCGAAGGUGUGGUGGGAGCAGAACAGAGACCGAAUACACGCGCAGUAUCUGUAGCGCCGUUGUAAAGAAGGGGCUCUACCACGCGUUGGACAGAAGCCAAACAUGUCAGUGUCAGGGACAAGAUUAGAGUAGGGUUGAGUGAUACUACUACGACUACUGUUAGUGCUAGUUUCUACAGGGUGAACAGAGAGAGGAGAAAGAGGGGUUGAGGGGGUGGUGCUUUGGUUGCAGCAGCAGGCUCAGGCUCAGCAUGCUCUAGUGCUCGUGUAAACAUGUUUACUACCGACCAUUUGUCUUCGGUUUGUGUCUUGAUGACCAGAAUAUUUUAUUCGUUCGCUGUAAUGUUGGAUUGUGCUGAGCUCUUCAGAUUAUGUCUAAGCUCAGAUUUUCUGAUCCAAGAUACACAUCCAUAAAAGGCAAGGCCAC